AUGACGUUCUUUACUUGCUUGAGUUUGCUAUCGUUCAUUCUGUUCACUGGAUACACGGUCUAUCUUCAUUGGGGCGAUUGGUUUCAAGUGAUCGAAACAUUGUCCUUGGUAGGUAUGGGAUCCUCGUCUCUGGUAAAAGCGUACAGCGGACUGAUGAAUUCCGAUUUCUAUCGAGGAAACUAUCGGCGACUGACAGCUUUGUAUCGAAACAAUGGCAAACACAAGAAGAACAACCGCCAACUGGUGUACUGGGGUGUCUUGAUCGACUACGCAUACUGGUUUUUCCUGGCGAUUUUCAUUUCUGGUAGCUUCGGCUUUCUGAUCAUUCCCAUGUACACAUACAUUCGCUUUAACGAGCGAUUGUUGUUGAUAAAUUUGCACAUUCCUGGAAUCGAUACGGAUACAAGCCUUGGUUAUGCCGUCACUACUGCAUACCACCUAAUGCUGUUGGGUUUGGCUGUGGCAGGAAUCCUUGUCGCUGACCUUGCAGUCAUCAUUGUCAUUGGACAUGUUGCGGGAAUCACAGAUGUUUUCAAAAAUGCUUUGAACGAGCUGGAUCAGUUGCUAGAGACGAAUGACAGGAACGCUGAACAGAUUCGGAAAAAACUCCUGGAAGUGUGUGUCAUUCAUCAGGAAAUCAUCACCUACGAAGAGGAUUUGGAUGCGGCCCAUGGAGCCAUUGUCUUCGUCCAAGUGCUUUCAUCAGUGGCUUGUAUUGCGCUGUCGUUGUUUAAUUUCUACAUGACUCUGAAUAUAGGCAUUCUGACGUUCCUGGCGAUGGCCUUUUUCCAAUUGUUGCAAUAUUGUGUCAUGGGUACCAUUUUGACGAUUAAGAACGAUGAAAUUAUGCUGGCCUUGGGUGAUACUCGAUGGUAUUAUCUUCCGUGUGAGAUGCAAAAAAUGAUGGGUUUCAUGUUGCAACGAUCGCAGAACGCAGUUGAGAUGACGAUCGGUGGAAUAUCUCUGCUUAACAUGGAAACGUUCGUAGAGAUCAUAAAAAAGAUCUACUCGUACUCAGCAAUGUUGAUGCAGUUUCUGGAAUAA